AUGGGAGCGUGUGUUUCACGUGAAUCUAUGAGUGGGGAUUCAGCGAAGGUUAUAUUGUUCGAUGGAACUCUACAAGAGUUCUCAUCUCCGGUUAAAGUUUGGCAGAUCUUGCAGAAGAACCCCACGAGUUUCGUCUGUAACUCAGACGAAAUGGACUUCGACGACGCCGUUACUGCUGUCGCCGGAAAUGAGGAGUUACGAUCGGGGCAGCUUUACUUCGUUUUACCGCUGACGUGGCUCAAUCAUCCGCUACGAGCGGAGGAAAUGGCGGCGCUGGCUGUUAAAGCUAGCUCGGCGUUGACCAAGAGCGGUGGCGUUGGUUGGGAUUCCGGCGACGGCGAAUCGGAAAAAACUUACCAAUCGAAAAACGUCGCCGUAGUGAAGACAAACGGCGGUGGCGGAAGAGGUUGUGGUAGAGGGAAGAGGAGAUUUACCGCGAAUUUGACCACCAUCGCCGAGUAG